AUGGGUAUGCUCUUUCAUCAACAGAAAUUCUGGAAAACGCGAUUCGAUAUCAAUGGAGAACGUGGAUUUUUAAGCUAUCUCGUGAAGGAGCAUCAGAAUAGGGAUGUUGACUGGCGACUGCUAUAUCACAGUACAUGUACACUCCGAUGCAGUCGGCUUUUCGACAUAACGAUCCGACUUUGGGAGACCAACCGAUGGAUAAGAGAGGCUGUGAUACACAAGUCCAGAGGCCCAUUCGCAUCAUUCAUGGGCUUUGGCGGACGUGCAUUGCAGUACUAUCAUAAUACCAUGUGGCCGGAGACCAACUAUCGACAAACCGUCAAGAUCCCACCCGAUUUGAUAAAGAUCGGAGUUUCGGCAUUUGCAGAUUUUGGCGACCAGGUGGUUACCAUCCGAGGCCUGGAAUUGAUCCGGGCCAGCGGGCCGAGCAUCCUUCUAGGGGCAAAAAUUCCGGGAUCGUUGGUGAUUGUGGAAGAAGUCGAUGAUCACGGUGGUGGCCGACCCGAUUGGGCUGAUGAUCAUGACACGAAUUACCGCUUCCCGGGAGCUGAGGUGAUAUUAGACGCGCAAGAACUACGGGGUUUCAUGAUCACGAACACCGUGAAUGGGCAGCUAACCCAUUUUCAAUUGAUCCGAAAAAACGGUUUCUCGGCGCCUAUUGGUGUCGAUUUCCUCAAUGGCGCUAAUUACGUAUUCCAAAUGGAUGAGAUUGUCAACUUGGUUGUGGAGUUUGACGUGAAUAUGGGUCUCAGACAAUUGGGCAUUGAGGGUUUUGGGAGUAAUCCGAAGGCAAAAGAAUGGGAGAGGGAUGGCUAUUACAAGUCCCUGUAUACUGAUGCUGAUGAGGAUGAUGACGACGACCUGCAAGAGGAGGGCGACAACAACGACUACACCGACGACGAUGAGGAGGAGGAUGAAUGA